AUGGGGUGCACAAUUACUACUUAAAAAGUCAACUUAUAAAAAACUAUCAUGCUUGAAUCGACUUUUAACAAAGAAUAAAGGGAAAAGGAAUAGCGAAUGAAGGCUUACAUGGUCUUAGAUCAAUAUAGAUAAACAAAAACUAUGAGAAAAUAAAUUAAGCUCAAAUCUGAUGUGAAGGAUGCCUUGCAAGAAUAAUUAUAUCGAAGUAAAGCUGCAUAACCUUAAAAACCCUCCAUUGUUAAUUGA